CAGCGCGCACGGGUACCAGCCGUGGGGGCGUCCGUAACGCGACCGAUCGGUAGACACCGGGCCACACUAGGGCCAGUUUAUCGCGGUGUACCAGCGUGUAAAGACCUACCCAUCGACCAUUAACCCUGGACGUCGAUGAUGCCAAGUGGCACUUGAAACCGUUUAAAGGUUUGCACCAGGGCAAAGAAGAACAAGCGGCACUUGUUUGUGCGUGUGUGUGGGUGCAUUUCUGUUGGGAAGAAGCAUUCCCAAUUGUACACUCCAAAAAGGCUUUCAAAAGUGUGUACAUUGUGUGUUUUGGAACGAAAAAAAAAUAUCAAAAAUGUGAAUGAUCGAGUGAACAUAAAAAUUGUGCUAAACUUAAGUAAUAACGGAUCUUCCAAAACUUUUCAAACUGUUAAACGAAUCGCACGAAACACCUGUCUAACGUUCAGCACCCGAUACUAAAGCUUUAGAUCUUCUUAGACAAGUUUAAUCCGUCCCUUAAACAUCUGCCACUGCAAUAGUAUACAGAAUAUAGUCGCAAUCCCACCGGACAGGAGUAAGAACGCAAGCAGAUUAAGUUGAACCUGAGUUCCGUUUUUUUUUAAAGUCAUUCUUCGCUUAGUUCCCGAACAUUUCCUCCCGGCCACACAGGGUACACAACCUCGUUGGUUGAAGCUCACUUAAUUUUAGAAAUGGUUGUGAACUAGUUGUUAAUUCCCCUUCCAGCACUGGCAAACGUGUCCAAAAUUACAUGGGGCAAUCAAAGUAAAACAUUAGAAAGAGCGUCAUAUAUCCAUCAACCUGCUUUAAGCUAAUUCUAGUAGUUUAUCACGAGAAGCAAAAGGUGAAAAAAAAUCCCCAAUAAAAACUGACACUCGUUUGUGUAAAAAAAACGUAUGUAUGUGUGUGUAUUGUGAUGUGUAUGUGUGCAGAAUUACAAAAUCUUAUUCCAAGCAUUGUACUGCGUCAGUGAGAUUGUAGUUAGUGAAUGGCGCCACCUUAACCUGCGUGUGGUGUACUAAGAUAGUCUACCUUUAGGCAUAAACGAGCUAGUAAAGACUCUUUUUUGUUUCAUCAGAGUAUUUGUAACGGGAAUGAGGUCUUCCUGUUGAAGGCAUAAAGAGGACGUCUGUCAGUACAUUUGCACCAGCGUGUUGCUGGCCAUUAAGUGUGACUUCUGCUCGUUGGCAAGAUACGUGAGCGUAAUAUCGUGUGCGUGUGUGGAGUUUUCUUAAUUGUGCAUCUGUCGGUGUGUGGGGGGCGGGUGUAACAAGCGUUCGAGCGCUCAUAUGAAAGAAGGGUUUCUUUAAAAUCUUACAGACAACAUGGAACAUGAACCCACCAACAGCCUGAUUGUGUGACGACUUUUGCGCGAGAUGCGCUGACACAAUCUUACCGGGAAGUACCGGGUCGCUGAAACAGCUGGUAUGCCUUCCUGCAACGGAACUGCUCAACCAGACGGAACCGAGCAAGACGCACAAAGAAACGAGUAAACAAUUGUCAAAGAGCAAAACCCACCCACCGAUGUACUGGGUCCUGUUUGUUCGCUAAAAUUAUCAACAGCCCAUCAAGAGGAGAAGAGGGUUCAGAAGACACGCUCCCACGAAAACAAAAAGUCGAAAAAAAAAACACACAAAACACAACAAGAAAACGCUCGUGGUAGCAUGUUUUUCAUUUCACCGCUUGCUCACGGGUCUGGAAAAACGACACCAACCGUACAAUAACCGGUCGUGAUUCGGGUCUUCCUUUGCUACCAGCUGACACCGCACCGGAAUUGGGUACCGGAGUGUGGAACACUUUUUGCCCUGUACGGUUCGGUUUCCCACACGCGGAAAAAUGUGUCCCAACGCAACCGAGCGUGAAAAGCAUCGGCAAAGGGUGUUGCUGGACGUACCGGAACUGGUGUAGAAAGAGGGCACGGCAUCAAGGCAAAGAGCCGUAAGAAAAGCUGCGUAUAACCUCACCAAAGGCCGGCGGGGGGUUUCAGGCAAAAACGUCUAAUCGGGUAAAAUAUCUCUUAGUCGCUGCCUUUUGACUUCCUGGGGGGAAGCUUUUCGGGGCCAAAAGAGCAGGACCUUUUUUUGUGGUGUCGUUGGUGUGAGUUGGAUCGCUCUCUAGAUCCUCCUUCUGGUGCAGUGCAACUGCAACCGUGGCAAACGUGCGCCAUUCGGCAUUAAACUCACAUUGCCAUCUGAACUUUCGGCAGUAGACACCGGUAGCAUCGGUCCGGCGGUGGCUGCCAGCAUCACGUUAAACACGUAAUAAUUUCUUGGCCGGCUACACCCGGUGCUCCCACCGAAACGGGUCGUCUCAGGUCUCAAGUGUGAAGCACGUGCCGAUAGUUCCAACUCGAGAAGAAGUCAAGCCCUCGAGCAGACACACUCCAUCUAACUGAACCGUUUUCAGCCACAACAGAACCGAUUCGUACGUGAACGUAGAGAGAGAGGGAAGAGGGAGAGAGACACAGAGUGAAAAAACUGGAAACGAAUCUCGAUCCCUUGGUUGUUUGGUCUGUGUUUUCCUCACACUCGCCACUAUCGAAGUGAAAACCAGUGAAGUGGAAAACGGUGUCCACCAUAUAAAGAUAGGAGGACGGCUUGCGAUUUCGAGCAGGUCCCAGCGAAGGAUGUUGGGUGAGAAGAGAAUUUGAAGCAAAAAAAAAAUAAAGAUGGUAGGAAAAGUAGUAGUAAGCGAAGUAUGAAAACGGUGUGAAGUCAAGAAGAUAGAAAUUUUGUGAAGUGUACACCGGCCACACCAACCUUCUGGAGGUGUAAAAAAGGACCUGGCAAAAGAAAUACAAAAAACCAUACCCAGCGAACCGUCUUCUUGUGCACGCGCUAUAGUGAGGGAUAAUCAGCAAAAUCAAUAAACAAAACAUGUCCCGGUGGUUAAGGCAGGAUUUCCGUUCGAUACACUGAAGCGAGCGUCCCACGCAACGGAUUCUCCCCACAAAAACUCAUCCGGACACCACCCCACCCAGUUCUGUCAGUUGUGUGCAGUGAAGUGUGUUUUUUGAGGCUGUCGGGUGUGUGUGUGUGUGCGUAUGCUAAAGAGAAAGUGAAGGUGGUAUGGGCUUGUGUUGGGUGUACGUGUGAUUGUGAUGCUGUCGUGUCGUGGUCGGUGGAAAACAUCCCAAGCAUAUUCCAAAACAAAACAAAAAAAAGGAAGGAAAAAUCCGGCAGCUGACUGACUGAGCGCAGGGUGAAAACAUUGCGAGCCGAUUUAUUUGCCAUCGUGAAGUUUGUGUGUUGGGCCAUUUGUGUUGGCGUGUGUGUGUGUGUUGGGGAGGGGGUGGGAAGGGAUUCGGAAAAUUCAAAUACGGUUGCACUCGGUGCUCCGGAAGCUACACGUCGUUUUCCAAGUUCGCUUUGAUCGGAUUGUGACCUAGUGUGUGUGCGUGCGUGUGUGUAUGGUGGUUGGUGUUUGGGUGUUCUGCAUGCCAGUGUGUCCGGAAACGAGUGAAACGAGCCACCCGACGGUACGAUGAGCGGCUACCAGCAACAAGGAAAAUCGCGUCACUAUCCGAGAUACUCGCUUAACAGCUCGGACAACGAGGAUAGCCCAAUCCAUCGGUCAAUCUACGCCCAACCGUACAACGCCAUCGGCACGGCAGAAAGACAAUCAAAUUUCACUUAUCGCUCUACCAAGGGCACGACACAAGCGGUACAGGCGACCGUAGUCAAUCCACUCACCCUCAACACACCAUCGUCGGAAAACGGUUCCAGUGCGACGCUGACCGACGCAGAAGCAUCACUGGCCAGGGAAAAUACGCUGCUCGUAAAUAACGGCUGUCUCCUGGACGGAGUUCCGCCUUCAGCUCCACCGGAUGUACCACCGCGCAAUCCAACCAUGAAUCGAAUGAAUGGACGCGUUACCGGCAAUCCUACCGAGCUGGGUGUAGACUUCGAACCAUCGUGUCUGGUCCGGACACCGUCCGGCAACGUUUACAUUCCGAGCGGAAAUCUAGCAAUUAACAACAAAGGAUCACCGAUAGACUACAAAACCGGCUCCGCCUGCUCGACACCUACGAAGGACACGCUGAAAAGCUACGAUCGCAACUGCAUGGGUCCGGUACUGCCGCCCCGCAGCACAAUGUGCGGUCCGCCGGCUCACCACUAUUCGGCGCCACUUAACUUCCGCAAGGGCUUCACCUUCACCAAAUGUACAUGGAAGUGUACGGCUAUCUUAGUGAUACUAUUAAGUGUUAUACUCGUUAUAACAUUAUUAUUAACAGCAUCUAACGUAUUAAGUAUAUCAUAUCCAACCACCAACCCCUGUACAGUUCUAGUCGAUGAGAAGGCAGAAAUCUCCGCAGCCAAAAGCACGAUAGCGGACGCGAACCGGGCCGGCAUACCGGGUGGCGGUGGCGACGGGCUCGGCAUUGAUCAGUCCCUAUCGCAAUCCGCUUCCGGUCGGCCGAAACCUAUCGCGGCUGACGAAUCGUCACCGUCGUCAUCAGCAGCGUCCGGUACGGGUUCGGCCGGGUCAUCCUCGCUGUCGGCCGCCUCAACGGCAGCCACCGGCAAGGCAGCCUCCGGUGCGACAGGAACAGGUACAGUAACAGAUAAACGCAUUGUUGCAUCCCCACCUUCGGUAGAGUUGUUGCACGCGGUAGCUGAUAGUACCGGCACUACUAGGGUAAAAGUUGGUGACGGUAGUAGUAGCGAUGGUAGUAGUGGUGUGAUGGUAGUUGUUAAGCGUUCCCGCCGUCAGGCAACGGGUGACAGUAACACCGGAACUGACACCGGCAGCGCUGACCGCAACGAUGGGCCCACUGACGGACGGUUUGAUGAUAACGAUUUGUUGCAUGCUUCGGUGGUUGAUGUUGUGGCCUCAACCACCACUCCGCCAUCCAUCCGGUUGGACGGUAACGCUUACAGUGCUUACAAACAAGAUACUGACGAGGACGAACCGGCUCCCGAGCAGUCUGAUCAAGGCAAGGAUGAGUUGCUUCCUUUUGCCCAACCGUUGACUAAUUUACUUGCGGCAACAGUAGGAAGUGCUGGUGGUGAAACUGCUGUCAACAAUGGAACCGUUUACAAUGGACGCAAUGAUGGUGAUGAGCCUUCCCUGACUGAUAUGGAUGGUUCACUUUCUGCUGAAGACAUCCAAGCACCGGAUGACGAAGGCUUCGGUAGUAUCGCAUCAGGGCAAGAUAAUGGCAUUUUUAUCACUAAUGAUAAUGACUUGCCACCCGCUACCAUGACCACGGUGACGUCGCCGUCUGGCCCCUUAAAGACGUCGGCCGAAAGUUAUCCUCAAACGACACUCACCAACGAAGUUAUCAACGCACGACUGACCGACGAUGAGGAUGAGAAAUGGUCCAACGAUGACCCGUCAGCCGUACACGGUGCGAUUUAUGGUCACGUACCACUGGAUCAGUCGGACGUGGCAUUGGUCAGUCUGGAAGAUGGGUUAGAACUUGGCAAGGUGCGCGAUAAGCACUACUACAAAACCAUCGAGCAGGUGGCGAUCAAAGAAAAUGCACCCAAACAUACAUCCACAGCCGAAGAAGAGCCGUUGGAAGAGGUAAGAAUUCAUACACUGCCAGAGUCGGUACUUCCGGUCACGGUGCAGCCAACCGUUCCAAUGUACCUUAUCAAGGAGGUAAACGGCACGUCAUCUUCGGAGGAAGGUGCGGAAUUACCGCGCCUGCUGGUAAACAUUUCCAUCGCCACUGAUCACGGUUCGGGCACGGUGCAGCAUUCCGUGUACGUUCUGCAGGUGUCCAUACCGACACCGCCGGAACAUAUGCCACGGCCCGCUGCGGAUGAACCGAAACCGGCCAACUUCGAGCAACCGCCACCCGUACCUCAAUGUCCACCGGAACCACCGCCGGCACCACCGUGUCCAAUCAAAUGUCCUACCGAUUCGUUGUUCGCUCGCUAUCGCGUCGUCGACGUGCAGGAGGACGAUAGCGAAUUCGUGGAGCUAGACGAGGAUGCGGUGGAACCGUCGGUGGUGGCCGUUGGCCAACAGGAUGAGUAUGAACUUUCUACCGAAUCACCCGAAGCACUGGAAGCCAACGAUGGUUUGACGCAAGAAUUCACCACACCGCCACGAUUGGUGCAGGAGCAGGAACUUACUGACGGUGAUGAUGACGAUGAUGAUGCUACUUCGACUUCUAGCAUAGCGUCGACCACAUCCGCAGCGCAAUGUCCCGAGGUAACGCCACCGCCCAUUCUCAUCCUGGAAGCGCGAAGCUUCCCACCGGAUGGUACCACGUUCUCGCAGAUCACCCUCGGCCAGCGGCUGUCGAAGGAGAUCCCACCGUACAGCUACUGGAAUAUGCAGUUCUACCAGUCGGAACCGGCGUACGUCAAGUUCGAUUACAGCAUCCCCCGAGGCGCAUCGAUAGGUGUUUACGCGCGCCGUAACGCCCUGCCGACGCACACGCAGUAUCACUUCAAAGAGGUCCUGAGCGGAUUCAAUGCGCGCCAGACACGUGCCACUCAUCCAUCGAUGCGUCGAGAGGUCACACGCUACAUGGAACCAGGCCACUGGUUCCUUUCCAUCUAUAACGAUGACGGAGAUGCUCAGGAGAUUGCGUUCUACGCGGUGGUCGCUGAGGAUAUGACCCAGAACUGUCCGAACGGAUGUUCCGGUAAUGGUCAGUGUCUGCUUGGACAUUGCCAGUGCAAUCCGGGUUUCGGUGGUGACGAUUGCAGUGAGAGUGUCUGUCCAGUACUCUGCUCGCAACGAGGCGAAUACAUUAACGGCGAAUGUCAAUGCAACCCCGGCUGGAAGGGCAAAGAGUGCUCACUGCGACAUGACGAGUGUGAAGUGCCGGACUGUAAUGGCCAUGGACACUGUGUUAGCGGCAAGUGUGGAUGCGUUCGUGGCUACAAGGGCAAAUACUGCGAAGAAGUUGAUUGCCCCCAUCCGACCUGUACCGGACAUGGGUUCUGUGCUGAAGGUACCUGUAUCUGCAAGAAAGGUUGGAAGGGUCCGGACUGUGCCACGAUGGACCAGGACGCACUGCAAUGUCUGCCGGACUGUUCCGGCCAUGGUACGUUCGAUCUAGAUUCGCAAACCUGCACCUGCGAACCAAAGUGGAGUGGCGAGGACUGUUCGAAGGAGUUGUGCGAUCUGAACUGUGGUCAGCAUGGUCGUUGUGUUGGAGAAACGUGCAGCUGUGACGCUGGUUGGGGUGGCGAAUAUUGCAACAAUAAGCUGUGCGAUCCCCGCUGUAAUGAGCAUGGGCAGUGUAAGAACGGUACCUGUCUGUGUGUUACCGGUUGGAACGGCAAACACUGCACACUGGAAGGAUGUCCGAAUGGCUGUUCCCAGCAUGGUCAGUGCCACGUAAGCGGUGAGUUGAUGUGGGAAUGCCGCUGCUACGAAGGCUGGGACGGUGUGGACUGUUCGGUACCGCUCGAACAAAACUGUGGUGACAAUAAGGAUAACGAUCGCGACGGUCUAGUCGAUUGUGAAGAUCCAGAGUGCUGUGGAAGUCACUCGUGCAAAACGAGUCAACUGUGCGUUUCCGCACCGAAACCAAUCGAUGUACUGCUGCGCAAGCAACCGCCCGCCAUUACGGCAUCGUUCUUCGAACGCAUGAAGUUCCUGAUCGAUGAGGGCAGUCUGCAGAACUACGCCAAGCUCGAAACGUUCAACGAAAGCGUUUUUUGGAAUCAUUUUAAUGCAAGCCGUUCGGCCGUCAUUCGAGGGCGUGUCGUCACCUCGCUCAAUAUGGGUUUGGUAGGUGUGCGCGUCAGCACUUCGACACCGCUGGAAGGUUUCACGCUCACCCGUGAUGACGGUUGGUUCGAUCUGAUGGUGAACGGUGGCGGUGCGAUUACGCUCCAGUUCGGUCGCUCACCAUUCCGACCGCAAACGCGCAUCGUGCAGGUACCGUGGAAUGAGGUGGUGAUCAUCGAUACGGUCGUAAUGUCUACAUCGGACGACAAGUCACAUCAUGGGCCGCCGCAUACGUGCUUUUCGCACGACUACGAUCUCAUGAAACCGGUCGUGCUGGCAACGUGGAAGCAUGGAUUCCAAGGUGCCUGCCCAGAUCGGAGUGCUAUCCUUGCGGAGUCCCAAGUCAUCCAGGAAUCGCUUGCUAUCCCCGGCACUGGUCUAAACCUUGUCUACCAUAGCUCCCGUGCGGCCGGGUAUCUUUCGACGAUUAAGUUACAGCUCACUCCGGACACGAUUCCACCGACACUGAAGCUGAUCUACCUGCGCAUCACCAUCGAAGGCAUCCUGUUCGAGCGUGUGUUUGAGGCAGAUCCGGGCAUUAAGUUCACGUACCCGUGGAAUCGGCUCAACAUUUACCGUCAGCGCGUGUACGGUAUCACAACGGCGGUAGUUAAGGUGGGCUAUCAGUACACCGACUGCAAGGAUGUUGUGUGGGAUGUGCAGACGACGAAGCUGAGCGGGCAUGAUAUGAGCAUCUCGGAGGUUGGUGGCUGGAACUUGGACAUACAUCAUCGGUACAACUUCCACGAAGGUAUCCUGCAGAAGGGCGAUGGUUCGAACAUCUAUCUGAAGCACAAGCCACGCGUUAUACUUACCGCGAUGGGCGAUGGACAUCAGCGUCCGUUGGAGUGUGGUGAUUGCAACGGUAUUGCCACCAAGCAACGGUUACUCGCACCGGUAGCACUGGCAGCAGCACCAGAUGGUAGUCUGUACGUGGGAGACUUUAACUACAUCCGACGCAUCAUGAUCGACGGUACGGUACGGACGGUGGUGAAACUGAACGCAACCAGAGUGUCCUACCGCUAUCACAUGGCGCUAAGCCCGCUCGAUGGUUCGCUGUAUGUUUCGGAUCCGGAAUCGCACCAGAUCAUCAAGGUGCGCAACAAGGACGAUACGCACGAUCCCGAUCACAACUGGGAACCGGUGGUGGGUAGUGGCGAACGAUGCCUUCCCGGUGAUGAGGCACACUGCGGCGAUGGUGGAUUGGCCCGUGAUGCUAAGCUUGCGUAUCCGAAGGGUGUAGCCAUCUCGUCGGACAACAUCUUGUACUUUGCGGACGGCACUAACAUUCGGAUGGUCGAUCGGGAUGGUGUGAUCAGCACACUGAUCGGUAACCAUAUGCACAAGUCACACUGGAAGCCGGUACCGUGCGAGGGAACGCUCAAGAUUGAGGAAAUGCAUCUUCGCUGGCCGACGGAACUGACCAUUAAUCCGCUAGACGACACGCUCCACAUUAUUGACGAUCAUAUGAUACUGCGCAUGACGCCGGAUGGACGUGUGCGGGUGAUUGCCGGAAGGCCGAUGCAUUGCGCUACUGCUGGUGGCAGUGGAACGGGCACUGGUAUGAGUACGGGCGUGAGCGGAAGUGUAGCUGCGGCACUAAAUUACGAUACCGAUCUGGCCAUUCAUGCGACACUCGUAAUGCCCCAAAGUAUCGCGUUCGCUCCGUCCGGUGAUCUGUACGUGGCUGAGAGUGACUCACAGCGCAUCAAUCGUAUUCGUGUGAUUGGAACGGAUGGGAAGAUUGCACCGUAUGCUGGAGCUGAAUCGAAGUGCAACUGUCUCGAGCGCGGCUGUGACUGUUACGAAGCGGAUCACUAUCUCGCGAUCAGCGCAAAGUUUAACACCAUCUCCGCCAUUACUGUGACGCCGGAUGGACAUGUGCACAUUGCCGAUCAGGCGAACUAUCGCAUUCGGUCGGUUAUUUCGAGCUUACCGGAAGCCGGCACCUCGAAGGAGUACGAAAUCUAUGCUCCAAAUGCACAGGAGAUCUACGUGUUCAAUCGCUUUGGUCAGCAUAUUGCCACCAAGAACAUCAUGACCGGUGAAACGGUGUACAGCUUCCUGUACAAUGUCAACACGUCGAACGGUAAGCUGAGCACGGUGACGGAUGCAGCUGGUAACAAGGUGUUCCUGUUGCGUGAUUACACCUCUCAGGUGAACUCGAUCGAAAACACGAAGGGUCAGAAGUGCCGUCUACGUAUGACUCGCAUGAAGAUGCUGCAUGAGCUUAACACGCCGGAUAACUACAACGUGACGUUCGAAUAUCACGGACCAACGGGGCUGCUGAAGACGAAGCUCGACUCGACGGGACGCUCGUACGUGUACAACUAUGAUGAGUUUGGACGAUUGACAUCGGCCGUCACACCAACCGGCAAGGUAAUCGAUCUUACAUUCGAUCUGAGCGUACAGGGUGCAACAGUAAAGGUCACGGAGAACUCACAACGUGAGGUGUCGAUGUUGAUCCAGGGAUCAUCGGUUGUGUCGAAGGUUGGAGAAGCCGCCACCAAGACGACGGUGCUCCUCGAUGGAGGUACCACAAGCGUCUCGCCGUGGGGCAAUGCAGUCUCUGUAGAGUCGGUACCGUACGUGCUGCUAGCGGAGGUAGAUCCACUACUCGGUGAAAGCUAUCCCGUUCCGUCGAAACAACGCACCGAGAUUAAUGGUGAUCUUUCUAACCGUUUUGAAUGGCGCUACUUCAUCCGACAUGUACCGGUACGGGGUAAGAACGCUCGCACAUUGACGCAGGUCGGUAGAAAGCUUCGCGUGAAUGGUGAAAAUCUGCUCACAUUCGAGUAUGAAAAGGACACAUCCUCAAUCACGGUCUCGGUGGACGAUAAGACGGAGCUGCUGAAUGUCACGUACGAUAAAUCGUCACGCCCGAUCGCCUACCGUCCACAGUCUGGCGAGUACGCUGAUGUUGACCUCGAGUACGAUCGUUUCGGACGGUUGAUUUCGUGGAAGUGGGGUAACCUGAAGGAGGAAUACACGUUCGAUCGAGCUGGACGUCUAAACGAGAUUAAGUACGGUGAUGGUAGCUCAAUUGUUUACGCGUUCAAGGACACGUUCAGUAGCCUUCCGCUGAAAGUGACAACACCGAGACGAUCGGACUAUCUGCUGCAGUACGAUGAUGCUGGUGCUUUGCAAUCAUUGACGACGCCACGUGGACAUAUCCAUGCCUUUUCACUACAAACAUCACUUGGGUUCUUCAAGUAUCAGUACUACUCACCGAUCAAUCGUCAUCCGUUUGAGAUCCUGUACAGUGACGAGGGUCAAAUACUGGCCAAGAUUCAUCCGCACCAGAGUGGUAAGGUGGCAUUCGUCCACGAUAGCGCUGGUCGACUAGAGACGGUACUUGCAGGAUUGUCUUCCACGCAGUACACCUACCAGGAGAGUACGAGUCUGGUAAAGCAGGUUGAGGUACUCGAACCUGGCUUUGAGUUGCGCCGCGAGUUCAAGUAUCAUGCAGGUGUGCUGAAGGACGAGAAGCUGAAGUUCGGUUCGAAGAGUGGACUUGCAUCGGCACACUUCAAAUAUCAGUACGAUGGUAAUGCGCGUCUCAGUGGCAUCGAGAUGGACGUUAAUGGCAAGGAGCUACCGAUCGUACGCUUCAAGUACGGACCAGCACAGGGCACACUGGACGCGGUUAGCGAUCUCCGCAUUACGCGUAAUGCAUUCAAUCGCACAGUCGUGCAGGACACUUCCAAGCAAUUCUUCACCAUCACCGAUUUUGAUGAGCACGGUCGCGUUAAGAGUGUACUGAUCAACAUCAAAUCGUUCGACGUGUACAGAUUGGAGCUAGACUACGAUCUGCGCAAUAGGAUCCGUACGCACAAGGUAAUGGUCGGUCGCUCAACUUCCCUAGACAAGGUGAACUACAACGCGGAUGGACACGUGAUGGAGGUCGUUGGAACGAACAGCUGGAAGUAUGUGUAUGACGAGAAUGGCAACAUCAUCGGAAUACUGGAGCAGGGUGAUAAGACUAACCUUGGCUAUGAUACGGGCGAUCGUGUGGUACAAGUUGGAGAUGUAGAGUUCAACAGCUACGAUGCACGUGGUUACGUUGUGCGUCGAGGUGAGCAGAAGUAUCGUUACAACAAUCGCGGCCAACUGAUACACGCGAUGGAGCGCGACCGUUUCCAGACCUGGUACUUCUAUGAUGAUCUCGGUCGUCUGGUGGCUUGUCACGAUGAGAAGGGUAACGUCACGCAGUACUUCUACGCUAACCUGAACGCACCGGAACUGAUCACUCAUAUCCAUUACCCGAAAGCUGGACGUACCUCACGUUUGUUGUAUGACGAUCGUCAUAUGCUGAUUGCGAUCGAGACAGGUGAUCAACGGUACUAUGUAGCGACAGAUCAGAAUGGUUCCCCGAUCGCAUUGUUUGAUAUUGGUGGAGCUAUUGUGAAGGAGAUCCGACGAACUCCGUUCGGUAAAAUCGUAAAAGACACUAACCCGGGACUGUUUGUACCGAUCGACUUCCAUGGUGGAUUGCUUGAUCCUAACACGCGGCUUGUGUACAUGGAACAGCGCUUGUACGAUACCGGUGUUGGCCAGUGGAUGACACCGGCCUGGGAACAGCUGGCAACGGAGAUGCGUCACCCGACGGAUGUGUUCAUCUAUCGCUUCCACAACAACGAUCCCAUCAACCGGCGUGAACCGGAGGGUAACUACAUGAACGAUCUGCGCUCCUGGUUGAAGCUGUUCGGGUACGACGUUACGAAGAUGCAGGGUUCUCGCUAUACCCGUGACAUGAUCUAUCGCCCAACCGCGACCAUCAAGUCACCACAGCUCGCACCCGACUUUGGUGUCAUGUCCGGGUUGCAGUGCAUCGUCGAGAAGGUGGACGAGAAGUUUGCCGACUUUGGUUUCAUUCCGAAGCCACUGCUGAAGAUGGAGUUGAAGACACGCAAUCUGCUACCCCGCGUUGCCUACCGACGUGGUGUGUUCGGCGAGGGUGUACUGAUCUCGCGCAUCGAUGGCCGUGCGCUGGUUAGCGUGGUGGACGGCUCGAACAGUGUCGUGCAGGAUGUGGUAUCGUCCGUGUUCAAUAACUCGCACUUCCUCGAUCUGCACUUUAGCAUCCACGAUCAGGAUGUGUUCUACUUCGUGAAGGACAAUGUGAUGAAGCUGCGUGACGACACGGAGGAACUCCGCCGGCUCGGUGGUAUGUUUAACAUUUCAGCACACGAAAUCAACGACCAUGGUGGGGCGAACGGUAAGGAGCUACGUCUGCACGGUCCGGAUGCGGUCGUCAUCAUCAAGUACGGUGUCGAUCCGGAACAGGAGCGUCACCGUAUACUGAAGCAUGCCCACAAGCGUGCCGUUGAGCGUGCCUGGGAACUGGAGAAGCAGCUCGUUGCGGCCGGUUUCCAGGGUCGUGGUGAUUGGACCGAGGAGGAAAAGGAAGAACUCAUCUCGCACGGUGACGUCGACGGGUGGAUCGGUGUUGACAUCCACAGCAUCCACAAGUAUCCGCAGCUAGCGGACGAUCCUGGAAAUGUAGCGUUCCAGCGUGACUCCAAGCGUAAGCGUCGGAAGAGCGGUGGAACGUCCAGUGGUGGCGGUGGUGGUAGUCACAAGGCAAAGCGUGAACACCGCCACGAGACGAUAAUACUGCCGCUACCGGUGGCUUCGGUUGCACCGUCUCCAUCGGUACCCACGUCCUCGAUGUCUUCGGCGACAUCGACUUCCGCGUCGGCAGCACCAUCUGUACCGUCGUCGUCGUCGUCCUCUUCGCCAACUUCACCAUCGUCCUCGGUACCGUCCUCGGUGCCGGCCGUCGUAGGCACUGCAUCGGCCGCAACGGUACGACCGAGCGUUGCUACGUGAAGCCAAACGACCGUUGGACCAGCACCAGCACACACUCGAUAAAGAGCCGAUGACGAGAGAGGAUGUUCUAGAUAUUGUGAUAUACAUAGGAUUUACUUUCCUUCCGCCGUACCGUUUCGUUCCGUCAGUGUUGUAUUUUCUUUUUGCGCGUUUUCCCCCGAUAUUUUGUAAGCUAAUCCGUUGUGCAGUAGGUUGAACAAAACAAAAUCAAAUCAAAACCAAUGUCUCCCGUACCAGCGCGUGUUGACGAUGGGAGGCCUUCCCUAAUGGAGCAAAUACUGAGCUCAGCAGGUGUUGGGUGUUUUCAAAUGGAAACAAAGAGACGAUCCCCCCCGGGGGGAGAAAAACGAAAAACUUAUCCACACAAACACACGAGCACGUCACAUAUAAGCACGAUCGCUGAUCAUUCACGUUUGCUUUUAGAAAGUACAGAGCGUCACGUAUAAGGCGCUCCAUCAUCCUGCUCUCCCCGCCCAAAAAGGACUAGUAGUUAUAUUAGUGGCAAUGAAGUGGCGAAGUGUAUAGUUGUAGGUAAUUAGCACACUGUGGAGUAGAUAAUUUAGGGCCAGCCGAAUCUCAGUAGGAGCGUGUUUGUAUCGAUGGCGUCGUUACAGUGCCAUUCAGAUGAUCGGUUUAUCGGUUCCAAGUCACAAGCUACAGGAAGUCAUCUAAGCCAGGUAGUAGGUGAAGCUGAUCUGAAUCUCUUCUUUUCUUUUUAAUCUCAUAAACUAUAGAAGAUUUUAACAAGCGCAGAUGGAUUGUUUGUCACCUUCUGCCGUCCAGUGUGGGUGUGUGCGUGUGUCUGUUGGGGCAAGGUUACUCUCUCUCUUGACCAUUCGGUGCAUCUUGGAUUGUGACGUACUAGUACAGUUUAGCCGUGCCAUAAUCGUCCCGAUCCAUUACAAAACGUAAAUAGUACUGUUGCGUCACAACUUCGGUGCAUGGAAUGCAUUAUAGAGAUGCAAUCCACCUCUUUCUCACACACUGGACAUUAUUAUCACCGGAACAGAGAUUGUACAGAACCAUAGAAUAAUUAUAAAAAUGUACACAUAGAAUGGAAUCACGUAUCGGGAGCAAAUUUAUUUUGCCGCCGAAGUAUAUAGCUGUCUAAUAACACACUCCCAAACACAAACAUGCUGCAAGUAUGCCUCUUCCAGCUUUACUGUCAUUAUACCUUUAUGUUAAAGAUACUCUGCCAGCACAUACUGUAGUGUUUUUUUUGUUUUUGGUUUUUUAUCCCCGCCAAAACCCACCAAAUAAAAGGAAUCAUAGCAGAUGGAAUACAUGACAGUAAAAACACGCUAAACAAUACAAUACAAAAAUACAAAAGUACCACUCAAACGGUUGAUAGGAUUUAUAGGGACAGAAAAGGGGUUAAUAAUUCCAUUAAUCACGCAGCAUCGAUGUGAGUAGAUAAAACAAAAUCGCAUGCAAGACAUGUAUGUAAAUCGAAUCUUUCUGCUGCCGUACAUUCACACCUUCUUUGGCUUCUACAGGGUAUUUGUAAAUUGAGCAGAAAAGGGCGGAAAAUAUGAUGCAUUGGUAACCAGAUGAAAACGAAAACAAAACAACUGGAAAAUUGAACAUAUAGUGAAAUAUGUAACAGCAAAAGCGAUCAGAGCGAAGUUACUAGCAGGAUAGAGCAACAUUGAAAGCGAACAUAAAUAGUUAUAAAAAUGUAGCAUAACAAACUAAAGUGAGUGGAAAAAAGUACACGUUAAAUGUGAAUUUUUGAAAAAAACGGAAGUUUAUAGAAGUACACACAGAAAAUCAAAGGAAAAAGGUAUAGAAACACAUACAAAGAAGGAAACGAAAAGCAGCAGAGAAGGAAUGGUCUUAUUCUGUUUAAUUUUUUAAUUAACUUUUUUGUUUUGUUUGCUUUGCAUCAAAGUUUCCCCCUUUUUUCUGUGAGAUGCAUAUCCAAUAGAACACUUAUUUCUGUCCUUUGUAGUAGAUGGGGAUACAAGUUUGCUACCAUCUUGUCCAAAAACCCACCCCCAAAAAAAAAAAUACAAAUAAUGUGGUAACUGUGGAAGUGCGCGUGCAUGUAAUAAGAAGUUCGUGUGUUUGUGUUCUCUUGUAUCAAAAGCUGUAGUAAAACAAAUGGACAAACUAACGUAAACCAGACAAGCAAAACCGAUCGUGAAUUUAAUUGAUGAGCAAAAAUCUCUGGACUGAUAGGGCAAAUGUAUCGAUCGUGUAAAAGGCUCGCAAACGGAUCGUUGUUUUAAUGUAACGCAACAAAUAAUCGAAUGCGUCUUUUUUGUGAAAGGUACUGACCGUUUUGCCAGCUAUUUGAGUGAGUACCGUCGAGGUGCGUGUGCGUGAUUGUGCUGUGUAAUAAUUGCUGUAAAAAAACAGAACUGACGUACAGCAGAUCGGUCGUAAAAGGAUCGGCUUUUUCCUCCCUCUUUAACUAAACCCCGGGAUAAAACCAAAUCCCGGACUUCGUUGAUUGUGUAGGUUUUUAAUGCAAAACAACAAAACAAAAAACUGUGAAAAGCGAACACGAGCGGACGAGAAGGAUGGACGGAUAGGAUUAGUCUUAUAGACGCGUGUUUGUGAAAGCAGAGAACAUAAGAUGUAAGCGAACUACUAUGAAAUAGAUCGCCACCCGACAACACGGUUGAAUGAUGAAAUCUUAAAAGCAAUAUAAAGUGACGACGUGAAACGGUGGAUAUGCAAAUGGGGGGGGCGCGACCGAACCCAUUGCAGUAGCCGUACGGUAGUGUGUACUAAACUGUACUAAAAAGUAAUACAAACAUAAUUGGGUAAACUUUGUCGCUGCACAAGGGUAGCGAUGGUAGACGGAUGCGAACAAAUAUCGAUUGUAAACGUUGUGAACUGUAGAUGAAAUUGUUUCUCCUUCCUUUUGCCCCACCUUCCCAUCCCCCGGUCACAUUUCCCGCUUGAAAAACAAAACAUACAAACAAACAAAACAUCUUCCAUCCAAUCCAAGAGACGAUGAUAAACUUUGGAGUACAGUGAAACGAUUUAGGGCGAUUGGGAAUCGUUACUUUACCUUCACUUUUAGUUUCUUUGUAUUUUAUAAAAGAAAAUGGAAAACAUUUUUUACGAAUAGAGAAAGUAACAGGGAAAAACAACUCAUCGGUUACGAUUUUGUGCAAUCUAAAAAAAAAGCAGGAAAAAAAUUCGUGGAAAACACAUGAAAAAGUAAAACAUGACAAGUGGAGUAGGUGAUAAGAGCAAACAAAAAUGAAGGUGGAAACAUGUUUUUUUCUUGAGGAUGAAUGUGUUUUCUUUGUUUUACAUGUUAAGUUCAUCCUACAACUAAAACUACUCUAUGCUCUAUCCCCCCUUUCCCGGCCUGGAAUCGGUCUAAAGGAGAACCAGGUUUGGUGCCGUCUCCCUAUAUAGUAGUGACACACGUACGCCAUUACUUACACAAUACACAAAAGUCACAAAAGAUCAUUCUGUGAAGCAUAGAAAGUGAACUCAUAAUAUGAAAAAAAAGAAAACGGAAACCCGUUUAGUGUAUAAGGCUAUUUUGACGCAAAACCGGUGUCUUGCAUGCAUGUAAAACUUUGUAAAUAGAUUGUUUAGUAAUAACAAAAUGAAGAAAAAAAAACAAGCAGAUGUAAGUGGAUAAGUAAAAUGUGUAAAGGAAAGAGUGAAGCAAGACGAGAAGAGAUAGGAAGGAAGAAAAGAGAAAAUCAUCGGAAUGAAAUUCGAAAGCGUCCCCGCUAGAUGAAAACACAUGAAAAAAAAGUGAAGCAAGUGUUGAUCUGCCGUUUCAGAAAGACAUGACAUAGUGUCGCAUGACUUUUAUUUUAAAAACACAAAACAAAACUAACUAAUCGUGCAACAGCAAAUGUGUGUUUGCUCUUCCUCUUGGCUGCAAAAAGUCACGAAAAGAUGCAAAACAUGUGUUUUACUUUUUUGUUUUUUGUAAAUAAACCAAAAACUAAUGAUAACGCAAUAUGUCACGUUCCCGAUUGACACGGGAAUGAGAAAAUGAAGAGAAAAAAACAUAUAAAGUCAGCAAACAUUCGUACCGUAGUGUACUGGCACGGUACUAAAAGUAUGAUACAACACAGUGAAAAGUAAAAGAUUGGUACAGUAAGAAGCUGGCAACUGGCCAAAAUGGAUAAAAAGAUAAAGAGCAAAGGAAAUGGAAAAGAGGUAUGUAACCAGCAGAAGCUGAACGCAAGUCGAGUGUAGUAGUUGUAGAAAGAAUAAAACAAACAAACGAAAGAAGAAGUUUAGAAGAGAACAAGAAAACAAACCCUUCCCGACUACCCCCGACGACCCCAAGAAAUCAGAAAUGGAAGGGACGGGCUAGUACUUGAGAAGCGCAACUUGUCGCAAGUGUAAGUAGAUUUUCUUUUCACUGUACUACUUGCAAAACAAAAAAAAGCAGACGAAGUAGUAAACAGGGAAAACCAUAAUUGGACAACUUUAACGGAGAUGAGUAAAACAAAAACGAGAUAAAACCGAUAAUAGCCAAGGGGCAAAGGAGACGAACGUCUUCUGUAGCUGGUCGUGAAAUUGUAUAAAUUUUACCUAAGUAUAGUAGUGGAACGAACGAAUGGAGAUGAAGAUGAAGUAAAGACGUACAGCUGGUGUGACAGCGGAAAUGUACGUACGGAAACAUCACGUAGAGCAAGUUUAAAAGAAAACGAAACAUACAAAACAUAAAAAAACAAACACAAAAGCAAGCAGAAAAAAAAUAAUGAAACGUAGUAGCAAAACAAAGGUGAAAAGCAGGAUGGUAAGGAAAGAAUAAUACAACACGUAAUAAUAACAUCAACAGAACAGGAGUGAAAAAAGAAGCAAACGAGAAGAUGAAAAAAGAAAUGACGCAUGCUGACAUGAGGAACGGCAAUAUUAUUACGAUUAUUCAUUAUUAUUAUUAUUCAUAAAACUAAUGAGGAAAAUAAACAUAAAAAAUAAUAAAAAAUGAAA